AAAAACCCGACGCAGGAACCCAGAGAGGCAUAUUACACAUCAGAGUCUUCUCCAUUCCAUUUCAGAGCUCCGAGCAAAUCUCAGCGCACAGAUCCGAAGCAAGACUCGCAGCAAACGUCAUGGAUUCAGUGACUCGCAGAAGCGGUGGUGGCCUCUUCGAAGGUCUUUACAGGGUCGUCAUGCGCCGCAACUCCGUCUACGUCACCUUCGUCAUCGCCGGCGCCUUCCUCGGCGAGCGGGCUGUGGAUUAUGGAGUUCAUAAGCUGUGGGAGUACAACAAUGUUGGGAAACGAUAUGAGGACAUCUCAGUUUUGGGGCAAAGGCCAGUUGAAGAGUAGAGUUAUCGACCCUUCUGUUUCACCAUUUAUUGUUUUCACUAUCCGAAAGUUGGAGUAUGCAAUUAUGCAUUAGGUAGCAACUCAUUUUUGUAAUAAAAGAUAUGACAGAUUCAACUUACAUAUCAAUCAUGUUCAUGUUUUAAGUUGGAUUAGUUGUGUAUGGUUGUCUUCUGGGAUUUUAAUUAUUGCGUUUGGCGUGA